AACAGACCGUGCGUUGCGGAAACUUUGAAACAUUGAAACUUACAAUUAAGGUUUUAUUCCAAACUUAUUAAACUCUUUAGAGCAGCUCUCGUAUGCAACAAGUAGCGUUUCGGCAUUACAAAAGAGCGUUUGGUAUCAAAGUAAAUAGCGCAGCGCAGAGUAAACAUUCAUCUUCUUGGUUCUGAUACUGUUACAAUGAUAUAAAAACAGAAUUAUGUAAAGAGAUGAAAUGACAUCUUGAAAUACAGUGCCGCUGUCCUCAGACCUGAAUGGCUUGAGAAGAAAUGAUGGCAGAGCUGGAGGUGGAUCAAUCCAACCUGCCCAGAGUCCAGGAGGUGUGCCAGUGUUUUGCUGUUCUGGAGGAUGGAGCUUUAGCACACAACUUGCAGGAGCAAGAGAUUGAACAGUACUAUACAUCUAAUGUUCAGAGGAACCAGCUGGUUCAGAAGGACAUCCGUGUAGCCAAAAGUCUUCAGGAUGAAGAGAAGCACACGGCUCGGGUCCUUCAGCAGCAGACCACAGACCAGCUGGAGGAACAUGAUUCGGAAUAUGCACAAAUGAUUCAGAAAGAAAUUCAGCGGUGUGCCGAGGAGGCCCGGAGGAGGGAGGUGGAAGACGAGGAAAUAGCAAAAAGGAUACAGGAAGAGGAAGAGCUUGGUGUCAGAAGCAGAGGCAGUUACCAAAAUAGAGAUGCUAGAGAGACCUCAAGUGUUCCACCGUACUCACCUCGGUCCGUUUACUCGCCUGAGGAUCGAUACUACGAAUGCUCUUCAACCAGAAGGCGAGAGCGCUCCCAAUUACCCCCCUACUCAGAUUCUGAGGACAACCGGCGUAUGCCUACAGUAACCAAUUUGAGUCGUGGGUCCCAAGACUGCAGCAGUUCCACGGUAGGGCAGAGAACGGCGGUCAGCUGCGGUAGACCUCCCAGAAGUCAUUCAGAUCAAGAUAACAAGAGCACAACGAGCGGCAGCUCCUUUAGCCAGAAAAGCAGGACAUCUCACCUCUCAGGAGGAUGGGGAGAUGUGAUCAAGCUCAUAAGGAAUGAUAUGAGCGAGCAAGGCUACCUCAGCCCCAGUUCUGAGGAAGAACUCUUCGAGCCCGUCUAUAAACUUGAGAGGAUGCUGAAACAAAAGCAGCAGGCCUCCGAUCGACGGGGCCACCAAGGUGAGAGGCGCCAUGGCCGAACAACGCAGGGCGACGGUUGGUGUCGUGAGGAGAGUUUUAGGGAGAGGGACAAGGAAAGACGCGUUCAUUUUCUGGAUGAGAGAAGCCGCAUAAACGGUUACCAUGGCAACGGCUACAGUUUACAUGAAAAUGGUAGGGAGAGGGACAAACACCUGAACACUGGAGAAAGAUUAGGUGACCACCAGCAGACUCAAGAUCCGGGUUUCCGGCGUAACGUCUCGAUGCGACGUAGUUACCAUGGCGACGUCAGGCUGAGCAGACGGACAUCGAUGCGUGGAGGAAGCAGAACGUGUACCCAGGAUGAUUCAAAUUUAGUUAAUAUGGUAAGACCUUUAAAUCAUACACCAUUGAUAGAGACGGAAGUGAGGCGACCUGGCCCUUUAAGGGAGGCCGAGAGGUGGGAGGCGGCCAGAAACCAGCGUCAGAGAGCAUGCUCAUUAACAGAGGAAAGGACGAUUGACAGGGAUCACACGCGUUACCCCCGACAACACAGAAUUAGGCGCAGCCAAAGUGAGCGGCAGAGCUUGGAGGAAGAGGGAUCGAGCACGGAGGAGGAGAUGGAGAGCAGAAGGGAGGUGGGAGGGAUGGAGAGACUCUCAUCACUCAGCACCUGUCAAUCACGCAGUGGCCACUCCUCCAGAACAGGACCCACUGGGAGGAAUAGGACGACAGCUCUUGACCUUGGCGAGCUGGAGCAGGUACUCCUCGAUGAGGAGCUGGCUCGCAGACUUCAGGAGGAGGAGAGAUUAGCCGCAGAGACUCAGCAGGGGUCUUCUCCUCUCAGUCCGGAAGACUUCAGAAUGGCCCAGGUCGCACAGGAUGAGGAAAUUGCACGUUUCAUACAAAAACAAGAGAUCAAGGCUAAACGGAGGUCUGCUGAGCUGGACUUUGUUGGACCUAGACGGGAGUAUAGAGACACUGUGACGGAUUAUGAAAGGAGAGCAGAAUGUGACGGACAGAGAGAGAGAAUGGACUCAGAUGGGCUUCUUUCGCCUAUUGAUGACUCAACCGCUGACCAUCAGCUCUCUAGCCCUGUUUCCAUGGCAGCACAACCCACCAGGAACGUUGCAGAAGAUCUGGACCCCACCUUUCAUAGAAAGGAGAUUAAUGGAGCAAAUCAAGGAUCCCAACAAGGAGGUUUGUGUAACCCUAUGGACGAGCAACCUACAUUUGUGCCACCUACAAAACGACAUAAUGACAAACCAGUACGAGUGAAGUCGAAGGACAAGAAAGAAAAUAUCAAACAGAAAGAGAAUUGCAAGCAGCAGUGAUAACGGACAAGGACAAAUCAAUGUCCGGCAGCUUUGAAUAUAUUCUCAUUAAAUAUUUGAGAUAAAUUGCAGGUCCUAGUCGUUUGGGACUUUCCAGUCUUCUAUUGUGGGAUGUUUUUUUUAAUCAUCAUCUCUUAAGCAAAACAGGGACACUCCAGAUGAUACAGCUAUUUACAGUUAAUGCCCCUGUUAUCACCAUUGGUCACGGUCAAGGUCACAUUCUCACGCUUUAGUUUUUGUUGUUUUGGUUUUAUUCUGCAGCUGGUAUGACGCUGCAGUGGUAAAGCGUCCAUUACUACUAUCUGGAAACCUAAAAUGAUACAAUACGGUUGAGUAAACCUCUCUGGAGUUCUUCUGCGUAAUUGUUCUCUAAAGAUUGAGUGAGAUCGAUUCUUUUAGAAUAAUAUUUUUGCUUCUAUUUGAGGACCCACACAGGUGUUCAGUUUUCACCUGUUGAUGUUAUUUCCACUUAUUUUCAAGUAUUUUUGGGCAUUUGUAACGGAAGCAAAAAAAAAACUCUACGUUUAAAAAGCGUAUUCUAUAUAUUUAAUAACUUAAGAGAAACGUCUCUGUGUAUAGGUCGCUCGCAUAUUCCACAUGUGCUGUCAGUAAGUGCAACAAUUUGAAAUAUGUAAUAUUUUUACACUCAUGCUGAGUGGCACCAAUAUGUACUUUCAUGGUUAUCAGUACUUGAGAGCAUAAUGUGUAAAGAGUUUAUGGUUCUUCAGUGCUUAUAAGAUUAAGCAAGCUUUGUACAGAUAACAAAAUAUAUACUGUAUGUUUAAUAUCAAUAUCUUGAUAUAUAUCAUCACUACCAGUAAUAAAGUUUUUACGUGUACAUUA